AUGCCUGUGAACAGAUGGUCAAGUAGCAUUUCCCGCCACGACAUAAUGGCCAGACAAGUUUCACAAAUAUUCAUAGCGUGCAAGUGGAGUGUUUGUGAGUCACUUAGAUUUUCCUUACUUGUCUCGUUUCUUUUCUCGUCUCUUUUCUCAUUUCUAUUCACGUCUUUUUUUCUCGUUUCUUUUCUCGUCUCUUUUCUCAUUUCUAUUCACGUCUUUUUUUCUCGUUUCUUUUCUCGUCUCUUUUCUCAUUUCUAUUCGUCUUUUUUCCGUUUCUUUUUCGUCUCUUUUCUCAUUUCUCAUUUCUAUUCUCGUCUCUUUUUUUCGUUUUUUUUUCUCGUCUCUUUUCUCAUUUCUAUUCACGUCUUUUUUUCUCGUUUCUUUUCUCGUCUCUUUUCUCAUUUCUAUUCACGUCUUUUUUUCUCGUUUCUUUUCUCGUCUCUUUUCUCAUUUCUAUUCAAGCCUUUUUUUCGCUCCUUUUUUUUUGUCGUCCCUGUUCCCGUUUCCCGAUAUUUAUUUCUUUACACUAUCAAGUCACUCUGGCUUUUCUCUUGGCUUUCUAUAUAUUUGUCUAUGUAUUUUUGUCUUCAUCUCUACCAACCUCUCUCUCUCUCUCUCUCUCUCUCUCUCUCUCUCUCUCUGUUUGGGUUUUUAAUUUCUCUCCACUCCCUCAUUUUGUUCCUUUACCCUUUUAUCCAUUCACUUACAGUUCUUUCUUUCUUUCUUUCUUUGCAUUUAUAUUCCAUCUCAGUCGUCUUUUAUUAUCCAACCUUUUGUCUUUUGUAUUUCUCUCUUUCUCUCUCCUGCCUCUUGAUUUAUUUUUCAUACCGUGUACAUUCUUUAAUCUUGUCUUCUUUCAUUUUUUUCUCUCUCUAUCGUUCGCUAUUUUUUUCUUUUUUUCUUUCUUAUUUUCAACCAAAAGCCUCUUCCCUUCAACUUCCUUUCUAG